CUGCCGCCACCUGCUGGUCACAUGUCGUAAUGGCCUCCACUCCAUUGAAAGAUGGCGACAAGAGUCCUUCAGAGAGUCCGCGGAGGGUUAGCUCCGGCUAAAACCGGGGCUCUCUCAGCUGGACAGCUCGUUUUCUGGGUCAGGGGCUUUGCCUCCUCCAGCAGCAGAAACCGAGAGGACAGCUGGUUUAAGUCUCUGUUUGUGAGGAAAGUGGAUCCCAGAAAGGAUGCACACUCCAACCUGCUGACAAAAAACGAGGAGAGCAACCUCUACAAAAUACAGUUUCAUAAUGUGAAGCCAGAGUGCCUCGAUGCAUACAACAAACUCUGCGAGGAUGUUCUACCUUCCAUUCAUGCCGAUAAGUACUAUCCUUGUGAGCUGGUGGGAACCUGGAAUACCUGGUAUGGAGAACAAGACCAGGCUGUUCAUCUGUGGCGUUACAGAGGUGGAUACCCUGCUCUGACUGAGGUUAUGAACAAGCUCAGGCAGAACAAGGAGUUUACAGCGUACAGAAUGGAGCGAGGGAAGAUGCUGUUGUCCCGCAGGAAUCAGCUCCUGCUGGAGUUCAGCUUCUGGAACGAGCCCGUGCCCCGAGAGGGCCCCAACAUCUACGAGCUCAGGUCCUACCAGCUCAGGCCAGGAACCAUGAUCGAGUGGGGUAAUUACUGGGCCAGAGCCAUUCAGUACCGCCAGCGUAACCGAGAGGCAGUUGGAGGGUUCUUCUCACAGAUUGGUGACCUCUACAUGGUUCAUCACCUUUGGGCUUAUAAAGACCUUCUGUCCAGAGAAGAGACGAGGAACGCCGUCUGGCAGCAGGAGGGCUGGCAUGAGGUUGUGUAUUACACAGUCCCACUCAUUCAGCGCAUGGAUUCAAGGAUCAUGAUCCCAACAAAGGCUUCCCCUCUGAAGUGAACAAGUGGAUAUCAGCUUUUCUUUGAAUUUUACAUCCAUCUUGGGUAUCGGCCAUGGGUCCAAACCCCCUGUCUACCAAACGUCCCACUUUUAUUGUUUGGUUUUACUCCAUGUUUCUUUAUUUCUCCAAGAACUUAUUUGGACAAAUGAGGCUAAAUGAUCUGGGGUUAGAAUAGACACCAGAAGCUCCUGACACACUCCGUGUCUCGUCGUUUGGGUGAGGCGAGUUAAUUAGGUCCAGUUAGAGCCUCCUGAUGGUCGUCAUGUGCAGCAUCUCGUGCCACAUUAAAACAGUUUCUGACGAGAGCUUAUCUCUCAUUUUGGAACCAACCAAAGUUACUUGAAACAAACGAGCAGCUGUAUAUCAGGGUGGUGGGUGGGAAUAGUUUAAGCCUUUUAUUUAUUUAAAAUACAUUUAGAGUACUUGGUGUUUUAAAUGUCUGAGGAAUUUCUUUGUAUAUUCAUUUAAGAUAAAAAUCUUCCUGUUGCCAAUCAUGAAGAUAAAGUGUGACAUGGUGCAGAGAGCAAAUAUCCUGGUUUUCAUUCUCCUCACUCUCUGCCCUGUGGUGUUUAAAGUUUCCCGGUGCCGUGUUUGUACUCGUUUUCUCGUGGCAACAGCAUGCCUGGUUUUAUCGUCUUUGUUUUUAAUCCAACAGGUUUCACGGGGGUGAUACGAAGGUAUGCUGCUCCUCACUGUAACAGACGGUUUAUUAGCUAGGAAACCACCGUUCUCCUUUAAGGAACUCAUGUUCAAAGAUGAGAAAAAGAACAAGAUAUUAAAGUCAUUCAGACAUCCUUUA